UUGGGACGUAGACUGCGUGGUUGCUAGGUCUCCGCACCGGGUUUGCUGUCACAGUCUGUCCCUUCCCGAAGCCUGGGACAGACUGGGCGCGCGCCCGCGUGUGUGUGUGUGUGUGUGUGUGUGUGUGUGUUGUGUGAGGGGGACUCAGGGCAGAGACCUCCCCUCGCUGCCUUUUUUUUCCCCUUCCUUUUAUCCAAAAGAGGGGGGCAGUUCAGUUCGCACGCUUGCCUUACUGUCGCCCCGUUGGGAGCGGGGUUUUGUGCGGACUGGUUCGUCUUUUUUUCCUUUUAAACUUGUGAGCCUUUUUUUUUUUCCUUCUUCUUUUUUUGGACUCAGUGCCGUCUGGGCUGGUUUCCUUGAUCCCUGCCUAACCGCUUUCUGCCCGUUCUCUUCGCCAUCCCCGCCCAGAGUCUCCCUUGCGCCCUCGCCCUUGCCCGGGAGGGUGGGAGGCUUUGUCCCACUCCCUGCCCACCCGCGUCUUCGCAGCUGUAGCCGCACCUGCCUCAAUAUGAAUGGGGUCAACGACCCACCUCUUUUUAUAAAAGAUAUUAAGCCCGGACUGAAAAACUUAAAUGUCGUCUUUAUUGUCCUGGAGAUAGGACGCGUGACCAAAACCAAAGACGGCCAUGAAGUGAGAUCAUGCAAAGUAGCAGAUAAAACGGGCAGCAUCACUAUUUCCGUGUGGGAUGAAAUCGGAGGUCUUAUACAGCCAGGGGAUAUUAUUCGGUUGACCAGAGGGUACGCAUCCAUGUGGAAAGGGUGUUUGACACUAUAUACUGGAAGGGGUGGAGAACUUCAAAAAAUUGGGGAAUUUUGUAUGGUUUAUUCAGAAGUGCCAAAUUUCAGUGAACCCAACCCAGAUUAUCGAGGACAACAGAGCAGAGGGGCACACAAUGAACAGAAGAAUAAUUCCAUGAAUAAUAAUAUGGGUACAGGUACAUUUGGACCAGUGGGAAACGGGGUUCAAAUUGGCCCAGAAUCAAGGGGAUGCCAGUUUUCAUAUGCUGGUAGAAGCAAUGGCCGGGGACCUACAAAUCCACAGCUACAAGGAACAGCUAAUAAUCAAACAGUCAUGACCACAAUAAGUAAUGGCAGGGACCCUCGGAGAGCCUUUAAAAGAUGACCUAUGCCAAAUACUCACAUGUAGUUUUUAAACUACACGCCCUACUUGAACACUUACUGCACUUUUAUUUAUCGUUAACUGUGAAAACUAUGUCCUUUAUCGGUUUCCUUUUAUGUUUUGGGUUUGUUAACAAGAGUGGUUUGUUUUUAUAGCAAAACUGUUAAGCUGCUCAAGUCUCCUGUUGAAGAAUUUGAAGAAUGGGAACACUCUGAAAAGUAGGGGCAUUUAUUUUUAGAGCAAAAAGAUCUAUGGUUAUCCUCUAAAAAAUACGCACCCAUUUCAUGGGUGAGUUACUUAAGACAUCAGCAUUAUAGCCUCUAUGAGUCUAUCUUCUGUAUACAUUUUGUAAUAUUUAAAAUAAGGCUUAGUGGGAGAUGUUCUUUUGUCUUAAAUUCAGGUAUUGCCAACUAAAGCAAUAACCACCAAAAAACCCCCACAAAAACUCAGUCAAUGCUAACAGCAGGUUUUGAGUGUUUGUGACUUCAGGAAUGAUUGACUUCUUCAUUGAGUGACUGCCAUUAAGAUUUUCCAAGGACUGAAUCAUUCUAAACUCUUGUUUUAUUACCAAAAAAACAUAUUCUUCAUCAGAAUUAUGGAAUAGAAUGGGAACUGUAUUAUAACGAGUAAUUUUUAUAAGAAAGCUGCAUUUAUUUUAGGGUAGUCCUAUUAAUAUUUGUUGUCAACUUUGUGCAUUUACACUGAAGGGAAAUUUAAAACUGAGGCCUUGAAUAUUUAUUUUUUGAAACUACCAUGUCAAAUAUUAAAGUAUAAUUUGAGGGAGUUAAAAAGUCAUAAUAAACAUUGAUCUUUUUAAAAAAUUGUGGUACAUAAAGAUGAAGGCAAUUCAAAUUGAAUUCAUGUAGAAAUAUGUAGUCUUAAGUUAGAGUGUCCUAGGUACUUACAGAAACUCAUCCUGGAGUGAAAAUCCUAGGUACUUAACCUUAUUUGAAGAGUGUGUAUAUGUGAGUAUUGUCAAAGUUUCUGAACACAAUUCACAAAGCCUUAUCAGCAAAAGUUAAAUGGCUCUCUCUAAGAAGUGAAUACAGCUUUAUUCAGAAAUGUAAAGGUAGAAUUUAUUUAUGUGUUAUAAAGGGUCCCCAGUUCCACUUUUUAUUAUAGAGUGGAUAACUGGUAAAUUUUUCCUUUGUUAGAAUUCAGUUCUUAAUAUUAUCUCGAAUAAACCUUGCAUUAAUAUUAACGGACCUCCCUUAUUUUUGCUCUUUCAAUGCUUUACAAUGGAGAGCCAGUAAAUUUUACUAUAGUUGUAAUGAUUACUUCAGCCCGGCGACUGCUUAGCUCUGUAUUUGUCGCUUUUUGUCCCUACCUUAAAUCACAAAAUAAUUUAAGUAGACUCUGUUUUCUAAAAACUCCAAAGCCUUUGAAUGUGAAGGUUGGUGCCAGAAUAUUCGUUUGCUCCAGUUCAGUGUAUCUAACAAAUUUCCAUGACACUGUGUAUUAGACAUCGUGUAGAGUUAAGGGGUAGGUGAUGAGUAAUCUCAAGGAGCUUAUGCAUGGUUCAUAGUACUUUGGUAACUGGGGUUUAUAUAUUCUAGAAAGACGUUUUUCUUUUAUUCUUAACUCGUGAUUAUAGUGGAUUUGGCUUUGUGACUAACUUUUUUAAGAUACAAAAUUACAGAUGUUUGGAGUAAGAAAAUUACUAAAAAUUAGCAUAUAAAUUUUUAUUUAAAUCUAAGUAGAGGUAGGAGCAAUAAUACUGUUAGUUAUUUGUGGGAGAAUAUGGUGUUAAAGAUGAUUUUAAAAGAAAGAAUUUUGGAGUUUCAGAAAAGUAAACUAUCAGGUAGGGAUAGCUGAGCUUCCAGUCCUGGCCCAUUGUCUCCACCUCUGAUGUUGGACAAAUUAUUAGGCAUAAAACCUCUAUAAGCCUUAAGUUCCACAACUAUAAAAACAAGUAAGUAAUAUUAUCCCUUUAGAGAGUUACUGAAGAUUUUCCAUGUAAGUGAUUAGGAUGAUUUCUGGCACAUAAUAGGCAGUCAAAUGUUUGUCGUCCAAUCACCUCAAGAACAGAAAAAAAUGCAGCGUUAGGUGUGGAAAUACUGUUACCCUUUAACAUGCUGAGAUUAAAUAGAGAACGAUCUAAGCUAUUACUUUUGUAAUUGACAUUUGCCUCAAUAAUUUAA